UUUAGGCCCUAACCGGCCAUGUUUUGGCGGCAGUUAAAACGUGCAGCGCUGUCAGGGUAACGUGACUGCAGGCGGUGAGGACCGGCUAGGAGGCUAACGUUAGCUGCAACCUCGUAACGAUGGCAGCAGAAUAUUCUAGACCAUCGUCGGCUUACAUUAGCAACUGAGCACGUUUACACUGAGAGAUGGCUGACAAUAACCAAGGAACCCCUCCUCCCCAGCUUGGGCCUGUGCAAUUUCUAAUGAGCAACAAGCUGGAAACUGCGAUGUGGCUAUCCCGUCUCUUCACGGUCUACUGCUCUGUAAUGUUUAUUCUGCCAAUUCUGGGACCUCAUGCUGCAGCAAACUUCUAUCAGCGAGCCCUGCUAGCCAACGCCCUCACCAGCGCACUUCGCCUACACCAGAGACUCCCACGCUUUCAGCUGAGCCGAGCGUUUUUGGCCCAAGCUCUGCAAGAGGACAGCUGCCAUUACCUGCUGUACUCCCUCAUCCUGGUCAACUCCUACCCCAUCACAAUGAGCAUCUUCCCAGUUUUCCUGUUUUCUUUACUUCAUGCAACCACCUACACAAAGAAAGUUCUUGAUUCCAUGGGUCCAGGCAGCCUGAUGUUCAUCAGAAACCUCCUCGAUCGACUGACGGCCAAUCAGCAGAACAUCCUGAAGUUUAUCGCUUGUAAUGAAAUCUUCUUAAUGCCAGCUACUGUUUUCAUGCUCUUCAGUGGUCAGGGAAGCUUGUUGCUGCCGUUUAUCUACUACCGAUUCCUCACGCUGCGCUACACAUCCAGAAGAAACCCGUACUGCCGCACUUUGUUCACGGAGCUGCGAAUUCUCCUGGAGCACUUCAUCAUGAAGCCUUCGUGCCCUGCUUUUUUGAGGAGGAUGUGCCUCAGCAGCAUCGCCUUCGUCAGCCGCCUCGCCCCCACAGGCGUCUGAGUAGACUACGCAGAAGUUGUUCCGUUUUUUUCUUUGUUUGUUUUUUUAUUUUAUUUUUUGGUUUUUCAGCCAUUUACGAUGUGACUUAAACUAUGAAGGGGACAGAUAUCGCCAUCAAUGGAUGAAACCGUUUUUGAAUGUCAACUUUACUGUCUGACCUCCCUUUUUUUACCUGUAUAUUGAAGACAAGCCAGUAAAGCACUGAAGUCUCAUAGUGAUAUUUCUUUACUCAGUUUCUGGAAAUUCACUAUUUUACGUUGGCUGAACGGAGAACAGCUGAUACCAGCUGCACUCUGUCUUAUUUUGUUUCAUGUCAUUAUUUAUUCAUAAAAAAUGUUUAUUCUGUGAUGAAAAAUAACAUUCUGAGGUUAUAGAGACUUGAAGCAUGAUUAUUUUUUUUUAAAGAUGUACUUUUGUUUGCAACCUUUAUUAUGAACUAAAUGCCUCACUUUCAAUGUUUUCCUUCAUUGCCAUCAAAUAACUCCCCCCAAUUAACAUUCAUAGGUAUGUAGCUUUGUCGUCAAAAUGGAUGUUUAGCUCAGAAAAUAUCUGCUGUAUUUUUUUCAGAAUAUUUUAAGGUACCAGAGUUCUUGCUGUAGGAUUUGUUUGAAAUAAUUUGCACAAUGCAUGUCAUCCUUCUCAUUGUAUCUCAGUUUUUAUCACAGCUCUGAACUUUUUUAACUCAUUGAUGUUGCAGUAGGUUCUCCUCCUCAAUGCCUGAUUUCUUUAUAUUUUAUGUGCUUACAUGCCCUCAGAGACACCACAUUUUUAUGACGAGAAUAAAGCUAAAUCUCUUAAGUAAA